AUGGCCUUUACAAAACUACUGGACCAGACCCGGUUCAUCCAAGCUUUUGCCCUCUACAAGCUGCUGGACUCUUUUGGCCCUUUACACAGAGAUGGGCCGCCAUAUACAUACAGGACUUCGUUUCUUGUUGAGGACAGCUGGAAUCCAGUGAAACCGAAAUCCUUUUUUUUUUUUCUGGAUUGGGGUAUAUUGGACGGAGCCCUAAUUCUCAGACAGAAGAUCUUUUGCUACUUCAUCCUCUCUCUCCACGGCGUGCUCUUGAAUUCUCUUAGCAUUAGAUCUCUGUGGUCUCUCUCUCAAGGCCGAUCGAUGCAUCCCUACAGGGAAUUGGCGGGGUUUACUGUGAAUUAUCUCAUAGGUGUCGCCUGUGGCUUUGGCGCUGUUUUAGCUGGGUCUGCUAUACGUCGCGGUUGGGCCAGGAGGAAUAUGAGCUCGCACCGCACCGGCCGCAGCGAAGGACGAGACACUUCUGGCUGACUGGCGUCUCCAUGAAAUGGGUCUCGCUUUUACGUGCUUUGAAUGUUAAGGCUAUGAUUAGCCAUUAGAUAUUAGAUGCUACUUAUUUCAACCCUAUGUUUCUUGGUAUGUUAAAGACUCGUUAUGGAUUACAUUAUGUAAUGUCUAAUUAUGGAAUCUGAUCCUUUCUAAUUAAUUUAUCAAAUAGUCACGUAAUUAUAUGUGAUUGAUCCUCCGA